AUGUCUGAUUGCUCUGAGAUCCUCUCACCGGAGACUCGUACAGUGAUUCAUUGGUUCACCCUCUGGAACCAGGAACAGCGACAGAAGUUCCUCACACAUCUGAGGGGGUUCCUCGUUGUGCAAUCGUCGGCUCUCGAGCUUUGUAAUCGACUCGACCUCUUCUGGAUCGCCUCUGAAUCACAAGAGACAUUCCAGUGCCAGGUGACGAUGCAUCUGCGUGGAGAUCUGACCCGAGAUGCCCAGAUGAUCUACCUCUCGCAAUGGCUCGGCGAGUUUAGCGAGGUAGAGAAAGAUGACUUUCUGCAGCAACUUCUCGAUCUAUACGCGCCAGGUCAACUCGCUAUCGGUCAGCGACUAGCACCCAUGAAGUCCGAAGACAAGGUGCCGACCCUCUUCGACUGCCGUAUCGACCUCCUGAAGCGGUGGUUCGAGAGUUGGGAGCCGAACGAUCGUGACGAAUUUCUCAACCGUCUCAAGGAGGCCGACGCGGACUUCAUGGAAAAAUAUCAAAAAUCGAAGGACACGCCGAAUGAAGACAAAAUCGUCGAAGAAUUCUGGUUGAGACUCAGUACCGGACCUGUAGAGACAAAUCCUGCGGAGCGAUCCAACCAAGGAGUGUACGAAAACGGCUCCGCUGAGAUCCGGGUGAACGGGAGCGUGACCGUCGAGGAGAACGGAGUCGCCGCCGACCAGGAUCACGCGAAUGCUCCUGCCUCUCUAGAGAACGGCAACGCAGACGUGUUAGAGAACGGUUCGGAACGCUCCCAGGAGAAUGGGAUUCCCGAGGUUCAGGAUGAUGUACCCCUUGGACGUAGUGCCUCUCCACCCGCCGUCGAAGUCAGUUCACCCAUGAGCGAGACGAAGGAAGGCGAUGAAGCUGAGCCGGUCCGAGACCUCGAGGCCUCGUCCACGAAUGAGUCUGGAGUCCUCUGCAGCCAUGGGGAAGAAAGUCAGGCUCCGACCGAAAUUGAGGUUGAAACGUCCCAGAAUUAG